GAUGAGGUCUUGCUAAUUUCGUUUAGAACGGGACGUGCAUGUCCGGCCUUUUAUCUAGCGUACAAUUAACGCAAUAAUUGCAUCGAACACAUUAGUCCUACUCUCUAAACCCCUCGUCCAUAUUUGUCAUGCGUCAUGGCAUAUAAGGAAGGCCUCCUGCUUCACCCUCUCCUCAGUCCUGCGAACCUGACUCUAAUCCCCAUGGACUUCUCUUCCCCCUCCUCUUCCUCCGGUGAAGUCGUGAUGGCCGCUCUCCUCGGCCUCCCCUCCCGCUCAUUCUCGGAUCUCACGCGCUCCCUGUCCUCCAACGUCCGCCUUCACCGCCGCCGCCUCGCCUUCCUCCUCCUCUCCCCCAUCCACUUCUCCCUCACCCUCUCCUACCUCCACUCCCUCUCCCUCCCCGAGAAGACCCUCCUCCUCGCCCGCCAUCUCCUCUCCUCCCUCCAAAACCUCCUCCCCUCCCUGUGCGGGCCCUCCCGCCCCCUGCGUCUCUCUGACCUCGACGCAGCCAUCCUCCUCAUGGCCAUGUGCGACUCCUACAUCCCAAACACUACCCACCACUCGAGCUGGCACUCGACGGUCGCCGACAACGUUCUCCGCUCCAUCUUAAGCCCCUCGGGGCUCGGCAACGAUGCAUGGGCCGUCGUCUGCGAGUACGUCGAUGCCGCCGUCAAAUGCCGGCGGUUGAUGGAAGUUCUCUCAGGCAGCAGCGGCUCUAGCGAAAAGGUCGAGGGUGAAGUCGGCGCAUCGGUGGCGGCGGUGGUGGCGCUGCCGUCGGUGGAGUGUAGAACCGGAGGGAGGGAGUGCGUCAUCUGCAAGGAGGAGAUGGAGGCCGGGAGGGACGUCUGCGAGCUGCCGUGUCGGCAUCGGUUCCACUGGGGGUGCGUGCUGGGGUGGCUACGGAAGCGGAACACGUGCCCGUGUUGCCGGCACGAGCUGCCGACUGAGGAUGUGCUCUGUGAGAUGGGGCGGCUAUGGAGAGCUGUGACCAGGAUGGGCAACCAAUGGAGGACAUGAGCAGGCCACAGUGUUGGGAGGAAGAUGUUUGAGUUGACUGUUUUUGGUUUAUUGUGCGUGUACACAUGUUGGUGAUCAUGUAUUGGAGGGGAAUAUUAGCUCAAAUUGACAUCAAUAAUGGAGCAGCUUACUGGAUGUUCUAA